UUGUAUAUAAAGCUUCUCAAAACCCUAGCUUCAUUUGGGUCUGUCCACUCGGCGAUAAGCGGCGUCCCAACCAGAGCAACUGAGCUUCUGCACCAACAGCUCCAAUGGGUAUCGAUCUUGUUGCAGGAGGUAAGAGCAAGAAGACCAAGCGCACUGCGCCCAAGUCCGAUGAUAUUUAUCUCAAGCUUCUCGUCAAGCUCUACCGCUUUCUUGUCCGGAGAACUGGAAGCAAGUUCAAUGCGGUCAUUCUCAAACGUCUCUUCAUGAGCAAAGUCAACAAGGCACCACUUUCUCUCUCAAGGUUGAUUCGUUAUAUGCAAGGAAAGGACAACAAGAUUGCUGUGGUUGUGGGGACUGUGACAGAUGAUAUUCGCGUUUAUGAAGUUCCUCAAUUGAAGGUUACAGCACUCAGAUUUACUGAGACUGCAAGGGCCAGGAUUGAGAAGGCAGGAGGAGAGUGCCUAACAUUUGAUCAGCUUGCAUUGAGGGCACCAUUGGGUCAGAAUGUGGUUCUCCUCAGAGGACCAAAGAAUGCACGUGAAGCAGUGAAACACUUUGGUCCAGCACCUGGUGUGCCACACAGUCACACCAAACCUUAUGUCCGAUCGAAGGGAAGGAAGUUUGAGAAGGCUAGAGGAAAGAGAAACAGCAAGGGAUUUAGGGUUUGAGCUAAUUAGAAUUGAAAGUGUUAUUUCUGGAAUCCAAUUUUGUUUCUCUUUAGGUGUCUGGUAUCGUGUUUACUUCAUUACUCUGUUGGGUAAAUUUGUUUUCAACCUUGGUUAGUAAAAACUUGCUCCUUUUUUAAACGCCAAUAGUUCCUAUAAUUUCAAAAUGGUGUUUCAGUUCACCUGAAAAAGAACGUUGUUUAGUACAUUUGGGGAAUGCAUUAUAUUUCUAAUCCCGAUUCAUGGGUUAUUUUGGUUA